AUGGCUGGCAGCACAGAUCGCUUAGCUGGAGGAGCAAGUGCAAGUGGAGGUGAGGGAGGACGCGGCGGUGGCAAGGGCGGAGCCGGAGGCAGUGGAGGAGGAGGCGGAGGAGGUGGCAAGGGAGGAGCGGGUGGAAGUGGUGGUGGAGGACGAGGUGGGGAUGCAGGUCAAGAUGGCGAAGAUGGUGCUGGGAAAGGUGGAAGGGGUGGGCGUGGCGGUGGCCAGGUUGGCGAAGCAGCUGGAAAAAAGAAUAAUGACACUAAAAGCAAUGGCAAAGACGGAGAAGACGGCAAAGGCGCAGGAGGCGGUGGAGGGGGUGGCGGUCGCGGAGGUAUGGGCGGCAAAGGCGGUCGGGGUGGAUAG